AUGAUUUCAUUGUUAACAUAUUUGCUGAGUGGGAAAAUUCUUUCAUAUUCAUUUUAUUGCCAUUUUCAUUCCCAUUGGAUUCACCAAAAAAAAAGAGCGAGUGGAAGAAGAAAACAGCAGGAACUUCGUAGCAGGAAAUUGAUAAAAAAUGUUCCAGCAUUUGCAAAUUGUGUAUUGAAGAAGAGCAUGGCGAAUUAUCUUGAUGAUAAAUUUCCCCUUCAUCCAUUACCUUCAACAAUUGAAUCCAAUCGGAACCAAUUUAAUUCAAUUCAACGAAUUCAACAGCGCGGAAGAAAUUUUCCAAUUGAAACACAAAUUGACGCUAAUUCACCGUCAAAAGAGCUUCUUAAGCAGUCGUUAAACUGA